CGCCGAGGGAAGCUUUGAUUCGAUCUAGCUAGAUGCAACGGAACAACUAAACUACACGUUUCGUCAACUAAUUAGUAGAAUCUACGUCGAAGGCUGUCCCGAGGAAAGAAGUCCCGUUGUUGUUGAAACCGCUCUGUGUCAAGACUUUUACUUUUAGUUGUAGUCAGGGUGUCAAGAACUGGGCUGAGUUGAGGAAGGAGCUCCAAAUCAGUGUUUCGGGAUACUAGUAGCUGUUCGCAAGCAAUCAUGCCCGAGCCUAGACGACGCAGGACCAUUCGUCAGUCUAUCCGCAAACAAUUCGAAGUCAGGGAAGAGCAUGUUGCUCCUUGUAUCAAGUUCACCUUGUUCAUAACGAACACCAUUGCCUGGGUAAUAAGUGUCUGUCUCACGGGAGUCGGCAUUUAUUCUCGUGUGAUCAGCGAUCGUUUCUUCUCUUUGAGUGGAUUCACGACCGAUCCUGCUGUCCUACUGAUCGCCGUAGGAGCCAUAUUCACGUGUGUGGGCUUUCUGGGCGCCAUUGGAUCACUCAGAGAGAAUGUCGUGUUGCUGAAAUGGUUUCACUACAUUCUCAUAUUUAUGUUGUUUGCCGAGCUGGUCAGCGGCUUGCUGAUGUACUUCCUUUCAACAAAGGUGAAGACAGUGGCCAUUGAGCAGACCACCAAAGCCAUAUCUCAGUAUCAGACAACCAACGCAGCAACUGCAUUGGAUGAUGCUAUCCGCGAGGUGCAAAUCCGAUUCCAGUGCUGCGGUGCAAUUCAUCCCAGCGACUGGCGCGUUCAUAGCAAGUACUUUCAAUGCACAGAGGAAGUAUUCACAGAGAUUAUCAGCUCGUGUGGUGUACCAUCUUCGUGUUGCAAAAAGGAGGCCGCGACCAAUGCUCAGUGUGGUUUCAAGGUCUUCCCGUAUGCCAACAUGUCGUUGGCCAAGCAAAACAUGUACCCCAGAAUUAGCCGCCGGAACGAGAUCAUCUGGACAACAGGGUGUGUCGAGGCCGUCUUUGAAUGGAUCAAGAGCAAUUGGCUUGUUCUCGGCAUCCUCUGCGGUGUUGUCAUCAUCAUUCAGUUGAUUGGUAUUGAGUUUUCCCGUCGACUUAUGGAUCAGAUCUGGUAUCUGCAGACACAGAUGCAAUAAACAUCCGACUAUCCCUUCAAGGCUGUGUAUCUUUUGACAGGUUUACUCAGGAAUUCCUAAUGAUGUCUCUAGCCAUCUACUUUUGCCAUCUAUGGCAUACUGGAGGCACACUGGUGAGACAGGGCACAGACACAACACAGCUGUGUUGAUACCUACAAUACAGGUAUCUGAUAUGAUGCUUGACUAGGCAAACAUAAUAUAAAGAACUAUGACAGUGCAUUCUGAACUGGGUGUAACGGCCCGCCAGUGAUAAUUAUUUAUUUAUUUUAAAAUUUAUGAAACACUUUUCCCUUAGUUGUGUGCUGCGAGCAUGUUGGAAAUAGGUGAGGUGAACUACAUUUUUUUCACCUGCUGCGCCACUGCUCACUGCAUGCUCAACCCCCGUUUUCUCGCACCAUGUUACCUUCCCAUGCCCCUUCAUUGCUCCUAUUUGACCAGAGCGUUUUCUUCUUUACAUUGUAACGUUCCAAGUAGGUAAAUAGUAAAAUGUACAUAUCGAGUGCAGUAGACGUUGCUCACGACUAGUUUUGUGUUUCAUGUUAUUUACGGUGAUUGUUGACUUUAUUGCAUUACUUUACAGUCAAUUAAAUUCCUGUGUCUUGUUUGUGUCCUGCUGCAUUGCUCUCUUACAUGCACUGCCUCUAUCACAACAUAUCACGUGAUGUGAACAGUAUCUGUAGAUGUGGCUCUUGCA